AUGGAGGGGGCUGGCUUCCUGCUCCGUCUCCUGGCGCUGCUCUGGCCGUACCUGCCGCAGGGGAAGACAGGAAGCACCCCUGAAAGCCUGCUCUUCAUAUCCACUCUGGAUGGGAGCCUGCAUGCUGUUAGCAAGAAGACCGGUGACAUCCAAUGGACCCUGAAGGAUGAUCCCAUCAUCCAGGGUCCUGUGUAUGCCACAGAACCAGCCUUCCUCCCUGAUCCUAGUGAUGGCAGUUUGUACAUCUUAGGAGAGGAGAGCAAGCAGGGCCUCAUGAAACUCCCAUUCACCAUCCCAGAGCUGGUCCACGCGUCCCCCUGCCGCAGCUCGGAUGGUGUCCUCUACACAGGAAGGAAGCAAGAUACAUGGUUCAUGGUGGACCCCAAGUCAGGCAAGAAACAGACGAUGCUGUCCACAGAGGCGUGGGAUGGGCUCUACCCCUCAGCCCCUCUUCUAUACAUUGGCCGCACACAGUAUACGGUCACCAUGUAUGACCCCAGGUCCCAGGCCCUUCGAUGGAACACCACCUACAGAGGCUACUCUGCGCCCCUCCUUGACCACUUGCCUGGCUACCAGGUGGGCCAUUUCACAUGCAGUGGGGAGGGCCUGGUGGUUACCGUGGACAAGCCCAGCGGAGCCGUUCUGUGGACUCGAGACUAUGGCUCACCCGUGGCAGGUAUUUAUGCCUGGCACCAAGACAGUCUACACCGGCUUCCCCACCUCACCAUGGCUCUAGACACCCUGCGCUUCCUCACCCUUCGCUCCAACCAUAUCCGCCUGAGGCGCUGGACCCAGCCCCCCAGUGUGGCAAGCAGAGACUUCUCUACGCCUGAGACCCAGUUACUGCUGACACUGUACGUGGGGAAGCAUGCGGCCAGUUUCUAUGCCUCCAGUGCGCUGGUCCACGCUGGUGUGGCACUGGUGCCCCGAGGAGUGACCCUCGCCCCGGUGGACGGACCCACCACGGAGGAGGUGACUUUAAGCGACUCGGGAGAGCGUGGGGUCACCCCCAGCACAGCUGUCAGAUACCCUCCUGGCAGUAUAACUGCUCUCCACAGUUCAUGGCUCCUCAUUGGUCACCAUGAACUUCCACCCCUCCUCCACACCACCAUGCUGAGGGUCUUCCCUACCUUGGGGUCCAGGACUGUGGCUAGGACCAGCCUCCCAGAAGGCGCCCCAGCUGGCACCCUCUUCCAAGAGCUUCUUAGCCUGAGCCAGGAGGUAGCAUGGGGUCCGGAAAGGCUUCCAGGGCCCCAGCCUGAGGAGGAACCCCAAGAUCUGUACCCAGGGUCUGGGACUGGAGACCUGGUGGUGGCCAGCCUCACCACCCUCCUGCUCGGCGGCUGGAUCAUCUUCCUGCUAUGUCAACGCAGGCAAGAGAAGCGUCUUGGUCCGCUGGGGAUUGCAAACCCCUGUCCUGCCCAGGACCCUCUCCCCCUGGGGGCAGCCCAGAGCAACCAAGGGGGCUCCUGGAGAUCCACCAGCAGCUCUCCCUCCCCCAGGGGCCCCUCAGACCCCACUAGCAGGGUCCAUCCCACCCAGAGCAUCCUCGAGCCUGGAGACACCGAGGCUCUCCCUAGGGGGAAGGCAGGACAAAGCGAGAGGUACAGAGGAACAGGAAGGAAAAAGCGGGCAGAGCGGUUGCUGCUGUGACAUUGGGUCACUCUGGAACACUUCAAUCUCACGGUUUCCCCAGCGGGAGCGCGCAGUGGCUCGCACUGCCACCAGGGGGCGGUGCUGCCUGAUGUCCAGGAUGGCCUCUGUCUCCGCAACCAGCAGCGUCAGCCGGCCGCGCCUCAUGUAGCAACCCCGGAUGACGAACUCACCGUGGUGGGAAAGAUCUCCUUCAACACGAAGGAUGUCCUGGGCCGGGGGACGGGUGGCACGUUCGUGUUCAGGGGCCAGUUCGAGGGGCGUGCGGUAGCUGUGAAGCGGCUGCUCCGGGAGUGUUUCAGCCUGGUGCAGCGGGAGGUGCAGCUACUCCAGGAGUCCGACGCCCACCCCGGAGUCCUGCGUUAUUUCUGCACGGAGCGGGGACCCCAGUUCCACUACAUUGCUUUGGAGCUGUGCGAGGCCACCCUGAAAGAGUAUGUUGAAAAUCCUGCCCUGGAUCGCUUGGGCCUUGAGCCAGUGACCCUGUUAUACCAGCUGAUGUCGGGCUUGGUCCAUUUACACUCUCUGAACAUAGUCCACCGAGACCUGAAGCCCUGUAAUAUCCUCAUCACUGGGCCCGACAGCCAGGGCCGGCGCCGAGCUGUCCUCUCUGACUUUGGCCUCUGCAAGAAACUGCCAGCUGGACGGCACACCUUCAGUCUCUGCUCUGGCAUCCCAGGCACUGAGGGCUGGAUUGCCCCAGAGCUCCUGCAGGACGAACCCCCAGAAAGCCCUACCUGCGCCGUGGACAUCUUCUCAGCAGGCUUGGUGUUUUACUACGUUCUCUCAAGCGGGGGGCACCCAUUUGGGGACAGCCUUCACCGGCAGGCCAACAUCCUUGCUGGGGCCUCUCACAUGGACCACUUUGAAGAGGAGACCCACGAAAAGAUAAUUGCUAAAGAAUUGGUGGAGGCUAUGUUGAGUUCUCAGCCCCAGCUUCGGCCUUCAGCCCAGUUUGUGCUGGCCCAUCCCUUCUUUUGGAGCCGAGCCAAGGAACUUCAGUUCUUCCAGGACGUCAGUGACCGAGUGGAGAAGGAGGCCUCGGAAGGACCUUUGGUGACGGCUCUGGAAGCCGGAGGCAGGAUCGUGGUCAGACAGAACUGGCACAGCUGCAUCUCUGGACCACUGCAGUCAGACCUGAGAAAGUUCCGAUCAUACAAAGGGACAUCCGUUCGUGAUCUUCUCCGGGCCAUGAGAAACAAGAGGCAUCACUACCAGGAGCUGCCUGCGGAGGUGAGGCAGGCGCUUGGCCAGGUGCCUGAGGAGUUUGUCCAGUACUUUACCUCCCGCUUCCCUCGGCUGCUCCUGCACACACACAAGGCCAUGAGCAGCUGCGCAUCCGAGAGCCUUUUCCAGCCCUACUACAAAACAGAGGGCCCGGGGGGUGAAAAAGAAAAGGCCCCGGCCUGCAGAGGAAGUGGCCGACAGAGGCCCUGA